AUGCAUGUGGUUGCUGCACCAAACAGCAGUAGCAUCCCAGUUAAUGUGGGGGUGGUUCUUGACUUGGAUACAAAGUUUGGGAAGAUUGGAUUGAGCUGCAUCAACAUGGCCCUCUCUGAUUUUUACGCCACUCAUGCUUCCUACAGAACCAGGCUUGUCUUGAACCCCAGGGACUCCAAGGACGUUGUUGGCGCCGCUGCUGCUGCUCUUGACUUGAUAAAAAAUGUACAAGUGCAAGCAAUCAUAGGGCCGCAAACUUCAAUGCAGGCCAAUUUUGUUAUCAACCUCGGAAACAAAUCUCAAGUUCCCAUCAUUUCAUUUUCGGCAACAAGCCCUUCUCUUACCUCCCUUCGGAGUCCAUACUUUUUUCGAGCUACACAAAAUGACUCAUCUCAAGUGCAAGCUAUUAGUGCAAUUGUUGAAGCCUUCGGAUGGAGAGAAGCUGUGCCAAUCUACAUAGACAAUGAAUUUGGAGAGGGUAUUAUACCUUACUUGACAGACGCCUUGCAAGAGAUCAAUGCUCGUGUCCCAUACCGGAGUGUCAUCCCUUCAUCGGCUGGCGAUGACCAAAUUUCGGAAGAGCUUUACAAGCUAAUGACUAUGCAAACGAGAGUGUUCAUUGUGCACAUGCCACCAUCUCUCGGCACUAGGCUUUUUACCAUAGCGAAAAAGGUUGGAAUGAUGAGUGAAGGCUAUGCUUGGAUUGUGACAGAUGGAAUGACUAAUCUUUGGAGUUUAACGGAGCCCCCAACCAUCGAUUCCAUGCAAGGGGUUCUAGGCGUAAGGACUUACGUUCCCAAAACAAAUGAGCUAGAAAAUUUUAGAUUUCGAUGGAAAAGGAAAUUCCAGCAAGACAAUCCCACAAUUAUUAAUGCUGAAUUGAACAUAUUUGGAAAGUGGGCUUAUGAUGCCACUUUUGCACUAGCCAUGGCAAUUGAGAAUGUUAGCAUGGGAAACUCCAGCUUCAGUAAAACUAAUGUCUCUAGCAGUGGAACAGAUCUUGAAUCUUUCAGGGUCUCAAGGAAUGGCCCACACCUAAUCCAAGCAUUGUCAAGCACUAAAUUCAAGGGUCUUACUGGAGACAUUAAUUUUGUUAAUGGACAGCUACAAUCAUCAGUUUUUCGGAUAGUUAACGUAAAUGGAAAUGGGGAGAGAAGGGUUGGGUUUUGGACACCAAAAAGUGGACUUGUAAAAGAAUUGAAUUCGGCAAAGAGAAGCACUAAUUCUACUCAUAAGCCAAAUCUUGGUCCCAUUAUAUGGCCAGGGGAUACCACCUUUCCUCCUAGAGGCUGGGAGAUUCCAACAAAUGGGAAGAAAUUGAGGAUUGGGGUUCUAGUGAAGAGUGGUUACAGUCAAUUUAUUAAAGUAACAUGGGAUCCUAAUUCUCGUACAGCUACUUCAGUCACCGGAUAUUGCGUAGAUGUUUUUAAGGCUGUAAUGGCUGCAAUGCCUUAUGUCUUUCCUUACGAGUUCAUUCCCUUUGCAACGCUUGAUGGCAAGAGCGCCGGGACUUACAAUGACUUAAUCUUUCAAGUGUAUAAUGGGACAUACGAUGCUGUGGUAGGAGAUACAACGAUUGUGGCAAACAGGUCACGGUACGUGGACUUCACAUUACCAUACACUGAAUCGGGUGUAUCAAUGAUUGUACCGAUUAGAGAUAACAGGAGGAAGAAUGCAUGGGUUUUCUUGAAACCUCUAACAUGGGACCUCUGGGUGACAAGUGCUUGCUUUUUCUUUUUCAUCGGAUUUGUUGUCUGGGUUCUAGAACACAGAAUAAAUGAAGAUUUCAGGGGACCCCCUUCGUAUCAAGCCGGCACGAGCUUCUGGUUCUCUUUCUCUACCAUGGUGUUUGCACAUCGGGAGAGAGUGGUCAAUAACUUGGCUCGAUUCGUGGUAAUAAUAUGGUGUUUCGUCGUCCUCAUUCUCACCCAAAGCUACACAGCUAGUUUGACUUCACUUUUAACCGUGCAACAACUCCAGCCUACGGUAACUGACAUACAAAAGCUCUUAAAGAAAGGGGAGAAUGUUGGUUUCAAGAAAGGCUCAUUCGUUGAGGGAAUCUUGAAGGGGUUAACUUUUCCUGAAUCCCAACUUAUAGAAUAUCAGACGCUGGAAGAACUUCAUGAUCUCUUUACCAAGGGAAGUGCCAAUGGUGGUAUUUCUGCUACUUUGGACGAAAUUCCUUAUAUGAAGCUCUUUCUCGCAAAAUAUUGCGACCAAUAUACCGUAGUCGAACCAAAAUUUAGAACUGAUGGCUUCGGUUUUGCCUUCCCUAGAGGUUCCCCUCUUGUAGCAGAUGUUUCCAGGGCAAUCCUAAAUGUUACUCAGGGAGAAAAAAUGAAUCAAAUUGAAGAGGCAUGGUUCAAGAAGGAAAGCAGUUGUUCUGACACCAACACUUUGGUUUCUCACAACAGUCUUGGUGUCGAGAGUUUUUGGGGCUUGUUCCUUAUUGCUAGCGUCACCUCAAUAUCAGCUCUAAUCAUAUUUGCAACAAUGUUCUUGUACGAGCAAAGGCAUGUCUUGUUUCGCUUCGGUUCUGAAACUCCUUUCUGGAAAAGAAUUAUGAUCCUGUCAAGAAUCUUCGACCAGAAAGACCUCAGCUCCCAUACUUUUAAAAAAAGUGAACUCGAAGACAAAAGCAAAAAUGAUAGUGUAAGUAUAAGCGUUGCAGGAGACUCACCAAACACUAACUGUCCGCCAAGUCCAUCAAGCUACUCAAACCGGACAGAGCCAGGCUUUGUGUUCUUGACAAAUCAAGGAAGAGCAACUGAAAAUGGUGAUCUCACCCCAAGUGCUACAGCAUCUCCGGAGAUAUUUCCAUCCUCCGGAAGACAUCCUAUUGAGCUUGCUAACACUGCAAAUAGCCCAAGAGAACAAUUGGAGUAG